AUGGCGGAGUCAGUACCAGCAGAGGGGCCCUGCUUCUCUCCUUCUUUGGUGGGUGAAGGGGCCUCCUCCUUCGCAGCUAAGGACCGCAGCAACCUGCCGCAUUCAGCUUCCUUUGGCGUGCGCAGCGGGAGCCGCACUUCUGCUGUGAACGCAGCAAAGGAGGAGGCGGCGGCGUUGCCAGAGGGCUCUCAGUGGAUAGAGGGUCUCCCAUCUGGCGUGCCUUCUCCCCCCUGGAGCAGGUUGCAUACUGCUACAACACAGCCACCAGCACCAGCAGCAGCACCAGCAGCAGCAGCAGCAGCAGGAGGAUUGCCAGCUGCUGCACACGGCGGGGUUUUGGUGCCGUCUCGAGAGAUAAGCGGCGCUGGGUGCUGCGUUGGAGGAGGCGAAUCUUCUUCUCAGGUGGAGAUACACCCGAGCAACCUGCAUGCACUGAUCCCGAGCAAAUUCAAAUACAAAUUUCCUAAGGAGCGGCUGCCGCGUCACAGCAGCUAUGAAGUGCUGGCAGUAGAAGACAACCCAUACGCCUCUCCGCUGCCUCCUCCUCCGCCCAAAGUCCCUCACAAAAAAAAAUCUAUAUUCGGCAUAGCUCGGCGCCACCAGCAGCAGCAGCAGCAGCAGCAGCAGCAGCAGCAGCAGUAUCCUUUGCUGAUGCGUCCUCCAGCAUCACCAGCAGCAGCAGCAGCAGCAGCAGAAGCAGCAGGAGAAAGUAAAGAGAAUGCAGGGAAAGGAUGGAUAAGAGAUUUUCGUUGUUUUUUAUGUACAAGUGCAGACUAUCCCGCAUCAGUGGAGGCCUUCACAGAGAAACUGCAGCAGCUGUAUGUUGGCGUCAACGAGGCGAUGGCAGCAGUGCUCCCUGCAGGGUCUGCUGCUGCACAAGCAGCAGCAGCAGCAGCAGCAGCAGCAGCAGCUGCUACUGCAGCAGCAGCACAGCCGCCCCGCGACAUGCAGGCAGCAGCAAGCUCCUCUCCUGCUGCUGCUGCUGCUGCUGCUGUUGACAAUGGGCCUCCUGUUGGUAGCCCCAGGGUAGCGACGAAGACUGCAGCAGCAAAGAAGAAGAAGAAAGUAUUAAAAAAAGGAAAACUAAAAAAGAAAACAACAACAAAAAAGAAAACAAAGGGAGCUAGGAGGCCAACAGAUAAAAGCAAAACACCAAUAAAGAAAAAAACAAAUAAAACUGCGACAAAAACAACAAAAACCAACAAAAAUAAAACAACCAAAAAAAAACAGGUGAAGAAAAAAAGCAGACAGGCAGCAGUAAUUUCAAAGGCAGCACCAGAAGCAGCAGCAGCAGCAGCAGCACCAGAAACAGCAGCAGCAGCAGCAGCAGCAGCAGCACCAGCAGCAGCAGCAACAGAAAUAGCUGCCAAGGGGGUUGGUCCCGCAUUGAUGUCGUCUGCUUCGCUUCCUCUCAGCCAGGAGGCCGUUCUGCUCCCCAGCAGCAGCAGCAGCAGCAGCAGCAAGGAGCUGCUCGCAAGACUCCAGCAGCAACAGCAGCAGCAAGAACAAGAAGACAGCAGCAGCAGCAGCAAGGAGCUGCUCGCAAGACUCCAGCAGCAACAGCAGCAGCAAGAACAAGAAGAGCAGCAGCGAAUGCAGCAGCAGCUAAAAAGCCAGCAGCUGCAGCUGCUGCUGUACCCCACAGCACUAAGUAACAGCCAACCAGACGCAGCGCAUGACUUGCUGCUGGCUCGUCUAGCUAUGCAGCAGCAGCAGCUGCAGCAGCAGCAGCAGCAGCUGCAGCAGCAGCAGCAGCUGCAGCAGCAGCAGCAGGAAGAGCAGCAGAAGAGGCAGACUUCAGGCCCAUCGGUGCAUACACCUAAAGCAGCCGAAGCGAAAGAAGAGGAAAACAGCAGCAGCCUUAAGGUGCAGCAGCAGCAGCAGGAAGAGCAGCAGAAGAGGCAGACGUCAGGCCCAUCGGUGCAUACACCUAAAGCAGCCGAAGCGAAAGAAGAGGAAAACAGCAGCAGCCUUAAGCAGCAGCAGCAGCAGCAGCAGCAAGAACAGCAGCAGCAGCAGAAACAAGAACAGCAGCAAACGAAAGAACAGAAAGGCGCACAGUCGGUGGGGGUGUCACCCCGUCAACAGCAGCAGCAGCAGCAGCAGCAGCAGAAGCAGCAGCAGGAAGACGCGUCCAAGCUGUUGGCUGCUACGCCCAUCCCCAGCAGCAGCAAGAACAGCAGCAGCACAACAAGCACUCCCCCCCAAAGCAGCAGCAAAAGCACCAGCAACAGCAGCAGCAGCAGCAGCAGCAGCAGCAGCAGCAGCAGCAGCAGCAGCAGCAGCAAGCAGCACCAGCAGCAGCAGCAGCAGCAGCAGCAGCAACGGGGAUGUUAUGACACUUCGUUUCACACUUUGAGUUGCAGCAGUAACAGCAGCAGCAACAACAGCAGCGCAGCACCAGCAACAGCAGCAGCAGCAGCAGCAGCAGCAGCAGCAGCAGCAGCGGGUCUCGUGACAGUAACAGCAGCAGCAACAACAGCAGCAGCAACAGCAGCGCGAGAAGAGCAAAGCCUCCAGCAUUGCAGCUCAGCACCAGCAGCAGCAGCAGCAGAAGCAGCAGCAGCAGCAGCAGCAGCAGCAGCAGUGCGGCGCAUCAAUAGCAGCAGCCUACAGCGGCAUAUGAGGAGCAAAGACAGCCCCUCAGUGCUGCUGCUUCUUAACAGAGAGAGCAGCAGCAGCAGCAGCAAAAAGAAGCAGCAGAAGAAACACCUGCAGCAGCAACAGCGACAGCAAAAGUGGCAGCAGCAGCAGAAGCAGCAGCAGCAACAGCAACAGCAGCAGCAGCAGAAGCAACAGCAACAACAGCAGCAGCAGCAGCAGCAACAGCAGCAGCAGCGGGAAAAGCAUAUCCUUGCGUGCUAUACUAACCGAACUAAAUAA